CGUGUUGCAUGCCAUUCAGAACAACUGCACGAGGGGAAGCGUGGAGGAAGCUACCGCAAACAUCAACCACAUCCACACCUUAAUCCAGACACAUGCCGGCACAUUUCAUCCAGAGCAUUCUCCCACCUCUCUUGCUGGUGACGGUUCUCUUCCUGUCGGUCCCAGCAUGUCAUGGGGGGAAAAUCCUGGUGGUUCCUAUGGAAGGAAGCCAUUGGGUGAACAUGGACAUCCUGAUCAGAGCUCUACACAGCCAAGGACACUCCAUCACUGUGCUGCGAACCACCAAGAGCUGGUACAUCAAAGAGGAGUCGCCUUAUUUUAACUCGAUCACAGUGACUGUCUCUAAGGGCUUUGAUGAGGAACUUAUCAAGCCAAUUCUCCAGAAAGUGUUUGACAUACAGAGGGGCAAGAGUUCUAUCAUGGCCUUCAUCAGUCUCCAACUCCAGUUGCUGAAAUUCAUGCCAAAGGGAGUUGAACAUGUGUGUGAAAUCGCAGAGGCCAUGUUUGAGGACCAGGCCUUCAUGAGAAGAUUGAAUGAAAGUCAGUUUGACCUGAUACUCACAGACCCUGCUUGGGGAGCUGGUAUAAUGUUGGCUUACCAUCUUCGCCUCCCCUUGGUGUACAAUGUUCGAUGGGCUGUAGCAAUGGAGGGACACCUUUCUCUGGCUCCAUCUCCUUUCUCCUACAUACCAGCAACAAGAUCAGGGCUCACAGACACAAUGACCUUCUCACAGAGGGUCAAAAACAUGAUUAUCCAUUUGUUGUCAAAUGUUCAGAUCCAGCUUCAGCUUAAACCACUGUACCAAGCUGUCUGUGAUAAGUAUCUGAGUCCCAAAAUUGAUUUUUUUGACCUCUUGCAGACUGCAGAUUUAUGGCUGAUGAGAGUGGACUUUGUGUUUGAGUUCCCCCGCCCCACCAUGCCCAAUGUGGUCUACAUGGGUGGCUUCCAGUGCAAGCCAGCAAAGCCUCUUCCUCAAGACCUGGAGGACUUUGUGCAGAGCUCUGGAGAACAUGGUGUCAUCAUCAUGUCUUUGGGGACAUUUGUCAGUGAACUUCCAAGUGAUUUAGCUGAAGAUAUAGCAGGUGCAUUUGCUGAACUGCCCCAGAAAGUAAUCUGGAGGUACACAGGAGACAGACCCUCAGCCCUGGGCAAUAACACCCUCCUGGUUGACUGGAUGCCCCAAAAUGACCUCCUGGGACACCCCAAAACCAAACUCUUUGUUGCCCAUGGAGGAACUAACGGGGUGCAGGAAGCUAUCUAUCAUGGGGUUCCAGUGGUAGGAAUUCCUCUAUUCUUUGAUCAGCAUGAUAACCUCCUUAGGCUGCAGAAACGAGGUGCUGCACAAGUCAUAACACUUUCCAUGCUAAACAAAGACAGCUUCCUCCAGGCCUUGCAGGAGGUGCUCCAUGUGCCGUCCUACAGGGAGAACAUGCAGAGACUCUCCAGGCUGCACAGAGACCAGCCCAUGGAGCCCCUGGACCGAGCCCUCUUCUGGAUCGAGUUUGUCAUGAGACACAAAGGUGCUGCUCACCUGCACACAGAGUCCUACAAGAUGCCCUGGUACUCCUACCACUCCCUGGAUGUGAUGAUCUUCUUGCUUGCUGUUUUGCUCCUGAUGUUGUUCAUGAUCCUUGCCUUCAUACGGUGCUCAUUACGUCUGUGUGGCAAAAGUAAAAGUAAAAAGGAUUGAACAUGGACUUAAACUGCAGAGACAUACAGAGUCACCACCACACUGUUGUCUUGGCCACAGACAUACAUUUUACUUUCUUAAUCAUAAUGAGAUGUGCAAAAUAUUAAAUAUUAAGUAUAAAUAGAUAAUUGACAAUGAAGGUAAAAAAUAGGAAAUACAUACUUAUGAUUGUAUUACACAGUAGUGUGUUAGUUAUUAGUUAAUAUUUCUCUCUGGUACUCUAAAUUAACUCUUUUCAUUACCAGUCAAAAUGGCUAGCAGAACUUAAUCUUACCAGCAAAACACACAGUCACUAAUGAGUCAAAGUAGCUAGUAAAGUUUCUUUUUCUACUCAAUCUUCACCCGCAUUUGGCCUGUGGUCACAAAACACUGGGGCUUCUGGCUGCCUUACUAGGCCAUAUAAGGAUUAUAUUGAUGCAUUAUUAUCACACUUUUAAUCGUCAAGGUUUUCUAGAUAAUCAUUGUGGGGAAAAGGGCACUUUUGUCCAGUAGGGCAAAGGGGCUGGUGCUUUAGCACCACCUCGUUGCUAUCAUGUUCGUAUUGAGCAUGAGCCUUACAAGGUUGCAGGGAUGUUUUAAUGUUAGUGGCAUGCACAGUAGUCACCUGAAAUCAAAGAAUGUAGUCAUAAAUGCUUGCAACUACAGUCAUCCUUGCAUUAUUUUUGAAAACCUACACACUUGUCCCUGUCUGUAUUUAUAGU